AUCCAGCCCUGCAGCUAUGUUCCUGUCUAUUCUUCUAUCACUCUAGCUUACAAUUCGCGGCGUGACCCAUGGCCAUCCGAAGUGGGUUCUGCAUUUUAGUUCAAUCACGCAACUCAACGGUCUACCGUCGCUCACUUUCUUUCUGUCCGACUUCAUUAUGUUCCGCCAGCCAGCAGCUCGAUUGAGGCAACUUGCCUCGCCUCUACUCAAGCGGGGUGGGUCCCGAGCGCAAACGGGAGCCGAGCAAACUUUCAAACCGAAACACAUCCAGAGACCUUUCUGGAACUCUGGUAGGGUGCUGCUAUUCUCGGCUGUGACUGGCACGACGACUUAUUUCUACGGUGCCAACGACGAUCCUCACCGGCUUCAGCUGUCAUGGCUUAAAUCCUCGGGUCCUCAAUAUGCGUCCAAGAGAGAGAUGCAAAAGGCCAUCGGAGAGUUAAGGGAGACGUUGGGCGAAGAUGCGAUUAGUACAGAUGACGAGGAUCUACUCAGGCACGGGUACUCGGAAUGGUCUUCCAUCAACAUCGAGCAGCUGCCAGUGGCAGUAGCGUAUCCAAAAUCGACAGAUGAAGUCUCUCAGAUCGCAAAGCUCUGUUACAAGUACAAGAUACCCAUGAUUCCUUAUUCUGGAGGAUCGAGUCUGGAAGCCAAUUUCGCCGCUCCAUACGGUGGUAUGAGCAUCGAUUUCACCUUCAUGGACCAAAUCAUUGCACUACACGCAGACGAUAUGGAUGUUGUCGUUCAGCCCUCAGUUCCCUGGAUGAGCCUCAACGACCAGAUCAAGGACUCUGGCCUUUUUUUCCCUGUCGAUCCUGGCCCGUCGGCUAGAAUUGGAGGCAUGGUCGGAACAAGCUGCAGCGGAACCAACGCUGUUCGAUACGGAACCAUGAAAGAUUGGGUUAUCAAUCUCACUGUGGUCCUCGCAGAUGGCACAGUGAUCAAGACACGACGUCGACCGCGGAAGUCUUCAGCCGGAUACAAUUUGACCAACUUGUUCAUUGGCUCAGAAGGAACACUAGGUAUAGUGACUGAAAUUACUUUGAAGCUGGCUGUUGUUCCACAGGAAACCAGUGUUGCGGUCGUAACAUUCCCCACAAUCCGUGAUGCAGCAGCGGCAGCAUCCAAAGUCCUGCGCGCAGGUGUGCCCGUAGCUGCAAUGGAGAUCAUGGACGAUGUACAGAUGGGUGUCAUCAACAAGGCCGGGUCAACAACUAAGCAAUGGAAAGAAUUGCCAACUAUGUUCUUCAAAUUCUCGGGAACAAAGGCAGGGGUACAGGAAAACAUCGAGCUGGUAAAAUCUAUAGCUAGGGCACAUAAGAGUGGGGACUUUGAGUUUGCCGUCAAUGCUGAAGAGCAAAAGACUCUCUGGUCAGCGCGUAAAGAGUCUCUUUGGAGCAUGCUAGCGCUCCGUCGUGAGGGUGAUGAGGUAUGGUCUACAGACGUAGCUGUUCCGAUUUCUAGGCUCCCGGAUAUCAUAGAAAUCUCCAAGAAAGAAAUGGACGAUCUGGGUCUCUUUGCAAGCAUACUAGGUCACAUUGGAGACGGCAACUUUCACGAAAGCAUCAUGUAUAACAGCAAAGACCCAAAAGAGCGGGCGGCUGUUGAAAAGUGUGUCCAUGACAUGGUCGACCGCGCACUUGAGAUGGAGGGUACUUGCACCGGCGAGCAUGGUAUAGGCUUGGGAAAGAAGGCGUCUCUCCAAAAGGAGCUUGGAAUAGAUACGAUCAACGUGAUGAGAAGCAUCAAAAGCGCUUUGGAUCCGCAUUGGCUCAUGAACCCAGGGAAAAUCAUGGAUGCGCUGGAGUAGGUCUGCAUGGCACGAUAGGCAUUGGUUCUUUAUUUCUUAACAAACUUGCAUUGGGCGGCUGUUUGACAUUCUACGCUGCAUCUGCGGGGGAGCAUAUAUAGACGGCAUCAAUCAUCACUCCAUUUUAAUAUGGCCC